CAAACGAUACACAUCCGGAGCCGGAACUCCGCCUAUAGUGAAAAAUCCACAUCAAAGUUUAUAUCAUAAUGGUGAUCUAAUGACCAUAUCAUCAUGUACAAGUGGUGAAGAAGAUGAUAAUAAUACGGCUGGUGGAUUUAUGACAGAUUUUUCCAUUUCAUCAUCAACACAAUCAUUAAUACUAUCUUCAUCAUUGCCAUCAUCAUCGAAUGGUAAAAAUUUCAUAACAUCUUCAUCCAAUAUGGCACCACCACCGACAUCUGGUGUUACGAUUUCGAGAUUGCCUAACCAGAAUCAUAUCAACAAUAAUUUCACUGGUUCAGGAAAUCAUGGUAAUAAUCAUAAUAAUAAGAUCAAUAAUACAGCAACAACAACAACAACAAAACUUGUUCAACCAACAAUCAACAACAAUAAUAAUAGUGGCAACAGUAGUAGUAUACCAACCAUUCCCAGUAUCCAGCAGCAACAAAAUAAUCGAAAAUCUUCAUCAACUAAUGCCAAAGUAACAACAACAAGUUCCUCAAAUCUUCAACAACAAUCAAAUAAUAAUAAUUCAACAUCCAAUAUUACAUCAUCGACUGCUUUACCACAAAUCAAUCGAAUACAGCAACAACAUCAUCAUCAUCAUCAUAAUCAUCAUAAUCGUACGACUACACCACCAUCAGAUAGAUUUGUUUCAUCAAACACUAAUCAUUCACGGCCAUCACGUCCACAAUCGACAUCAUCUAUACCACAGAUUGGUAAUCUAUCUUCGGUAGUUAAACCUGCUGUUGUACCGACAAAAAAAUCUACUUCAUCAACAAAUUCUCGAAUCACAACAAAAAAUUCAAAAUCUUCAAGUGAUAAUGAAAGUGUAAAAAAUAAUAAAACAAAAUCAUCCAAUGGUCUGAAUAAUUCGGUAUCACGUUUGAAUCCAUCACAAAGUGAACUAAAUCUUCGUAAAUCAACGACUACAACUGUUCCCGGGAAAAGUGGACGACAGCUUCAAUUACGUCGACUACCAACACCAACAACAACCACUAGUGGAAAUUCAAAUCAACCUAGACGGCCAAUAUCGACCAUAAUUGAAUCAUCGAUACCUUCAAUGAUAACAAUGAUGACAACAAGUUGUCCAAGUAGUACAACAACAAUUACCAAUGGUAUCACUACAACAAUGAUGAAUCCACAGCAACAACAACAACAAUCAACUAUGAAACCAACGGCCACCGUAAAAGCCAUGGUGACGCCAAUAAUGUCUACAAUUGAUUCUCCGAAUCAUAAAAUUGAUAAACAAACUAAAUGUCCACAAAAAGGAAUAAUAUCAUCUCGAUCGACUGAUUCAACACAAUCUUUGAAUUACAAGAAUGAUGUCAAUUGUAGUAACAAUGAUCAUCAUAUGAAAAACAAUAACAUCAAUGGAUCAUCAUUGUCGUUGAAAAAAGAUACAAAUGAUAUGGAUUUACAAUUAUCAUUGAAAAAGAAAUCAAAUAUUAAUAGACGUCAAAAUUCAUUAGGAUCUACAAACAGUGUUGGCAAUGGUGGUGGUGAUAGUACAAGCGAUGGUGAUGGAAAUAUUAGUGAAGAUAUGGAAACACCACCCAUUAUUCCACCAGUAAUGGAACGGCCUUUACAAACAAUUUCCUAUCUUAAAUCCAAUGCAAAUGUUUCAACAUCAAAUUCGACUACAAACAUUCAAAAUGUUGUUGUACAACCAAACAUUGGUUCAUCGAGGACGACCACACCGACGAUCAUGUAUCGUAAACCGGAAAAUCAACAAACCCAUUAUCAACGUACAGGACGAUCACAUUAUGAACCAUUAUAUUCAAAUGGUACGAUGAAUGUUCCAUCCAAUAUACAUCGAUUAAGUCAAGGUGCCGAUUACUAUGUCGAUAAUGAUGAUAGGUAA